ACAAUGGAAUAGCAUAAACAUAAUUUGGCCAACACACGAGAGCCACCUUUUAUUGAUAUUACGGCUUCAGGUCCUCUGGGCUAUGUCUCUACCAGCUUUCUACAUCUGGAGACUAAAAUGUUUGUCAAUUUCUUUGCAAAAAAAAGGUCAGUCAGACUGAAUAGAGAACUACUUUAAGCAUCAAUUUUCAAGGCUUGGCACACAUUCUUAAUUGGAUUUAGAUCUGGCCUUUACCUGGGCCAUUCACACAUGUUUUGAUCUAAACCUCUACAUUGUUGCUAAUUUUAUGUACUUUACAGUAAAAUUCAACUGUGCAAGCUGUCAGAUCCAGUGUCAAAGUGUAAUUUCCAGCAUUUUAUAUUCAUGCUCCAGAAACAUUGCUUGAAGACACCUACAGAACUCAAGAGACUGCCUAAUUUGACAUUAUUAGUUUCAAUUAUGAAUUACUAGGACAUUUGCAGAAAGCUCACUGACCACUGUGUCCUGUUCAUUUACACCAAGGCGGUGAGCUCAAAACUUUCCUGCUAUUUUUAGAGUUAAACACUGAGAGGAACAGCCAGAAUAUAUUUUCAUCAUCAGCGUCUGUGAAGUGUGUGAGGUUUGUGACAUUUUCAAAAAAGGGUUGUGUGACCUUUUAAAUCACAGAGCCUUUGAACUCCUCCCAGCAGUGAAUAAAAGAGGGGGUAAGGGUCAAAACACAAUGCCAGGAGUCUGUUCUGAGCAGACCCUGCUGCAAAACCUGAGCUGACUCUUAGCAUCAGGUAAAACAUUACUCAGAAUCCCUUUUCCGCACUAAAAAUCAGGGUUUCUUUAGCCUAUAGAGCAUUUUAUUUUGGCGAUGUUAGGUAAGAUGUGCAGCAGCAGUAUCAGCAUUAUUCAGGCUCAAAAACUGGUGGAUCAACUUCAAAUUGAAGCAGCCAUGGAGAGAUUCAAGAUCUCCCUCACAGCAGCGGAUUUAGUCCAAUAUUGUCAGGAGCACAGACGCAGCGAUCCUCUGCUCACCGGCAUUUCUGCCUCGUCCAACCCUUUCAAAGACAAGAAGACUUGUGUGCUGCUUUGACACAAGAAGAGAUCAUUACCAGAAUACAACAGAUUUCAGACACUAAAUUUUUAGGACUUUUAAUAGAACAGCUAAUGUUUAACAAAGGAAACAAACAUUACAAGAUCAAAGUGCUCUCAUUGUUCAUUGUAAUUUCAUUUCUUAAUGCAUAAAUACAAUAAACAUUUAAAUAUUUGUGGUUUCUUUGGGGGUAUGAACAUAAAAUGUGUAAAAGAUACAAGACAUCUAAAAAAAAAACCACAAUAAAUAGCACCAACAGAAACAUCCUUGAAUUAAAUGUAUCGUAUAAAAAAAUUUAGUGCAGCAAAAACAUAAAUAAAUAAAUCUUAAAACAUGAAACAGGAUUCCAUCAGCAUUGAACAUCUGGUUUCCAAAUAAUUUCAAAUGUAUAUUGAAAAACAGAAAGCAAAAACAAAACUGUCAUUUUUAGCUGGGGUGCACAGGUUUACACUCACUGCCAAGAAGCAAUCAAUUUAAUCGUGUCAGUUUGUAUUACUGUUUGCUUGAUAUUUCUAAGUGCAUUAAACCACACAAGAGUAAAAAAAAAAAAAAAAAAAAAAAUCAAAUUUCUU